GGUUGAAUUUUGUAGCUGUCAAAGUUGAAAUCACUGAAUUUCAGAUAAAGUUUUCUGAUUACUAGUUUUAAAAAAAGGAGGCGUCAACCCGUCUUUGAAAGUAAUAUUUAAUAAAAAAGCCAUAACUAAACGUGAAAAUGAUAAGAUUCAUUUUGAUCCAGAACCGAGCAGGCAAGACUCGACUUGCGAAAUGGUAUAUGAAUUUUGAUGAUGACGAAAAACAGAAGUUGAUAGAAGAAGUUCAUGCAGUCGUCACCGUCAGAGACGCGAAACACACGAACUUUGUCGAGUUCAGAAAUUUCAAGAUAGUAUACAGGAGGUAUGCAGGUCUGUACUUCUGUAUAUGUGUCGAUGUAAAUGAUAACAAUUUGUGUUAUCUCGAGGCCAUACAUAACUUUGUCGAGGUCCUAAAUGAAUAUUUCCAUAAUGUUUGCGAGUUGGACUUGGUCUUCAAUUUUUAUAAAGUGUAUACGGUUGUAGACGAAAUGUUUUUGGCUGGUGAGAUCAGGGAGACAUCCCAAACUAAAGUGCUCAAACAACUCUUGAUGCUGAACUCCUUAGAAUAAGUAUUUGUGUUAUUCUUAGUAUAUAAUAUGUUCUUGUAAGCUUAUGUUAUUUUGUUUUAUAAAUUUUAAUCAGCUUUUAUUUUACAUAGAUACCGAAUAACUUGUGAGUUAACGUAAAAGUAAUGUACAUUUUUUGUAUCAAUAACAAGUUUUAUAAGUAAAAAACGAUUGAAAUCAUUUUUCACAUGCCUCUUGUGUGAACUUGUUUCAGCAAGUUCAGUGGUGACUACUGUAUGUGUCUAUACUAUGUGAGGCGAGAUCUGGUCAUUCACCAACGUAGCAAAAUUAACAGCACCUUUAUUAAAUCUGUUACAUACAACAAUAAACGGUAUCCUUCGAUUUGUAGAUUGAUUUGUUUUUAAAAUUAUUGGCUACCAGGAUGUGUAUAGUAGUCCAGCCUGGCUACGCUGCAAAGCAGUCCUGCAUUCCAGUGUGACAGCAAUUGAAAUGUCGACCAUGUUUCGGAGGCUUGCUAGAGAUCAUGUGGUUAAUAUAUAAAAUCCCAGGUAUAUUUAAUCCAAGAUGUUUCAAAAAAUGUGUAUUCAAAAUUAAUAAUUGUUAAAGAAAUCUUUAAAAUAUACUGUUCAUAUUAAGAUUUCAAAUGUUUUAAUGUUAUUUUGUAUAUAUGUGCGUAAAUAUCAAAUAGCUUUCUGAAUUUAAGAUCUGAUUAUUUAUUACGACUUUAUACUUAAAAAGCUUCAAUGAAAUUUUUAUUAGAGCAAUGUACAUAAUAUAGCAACACUCGUUUUUAACAUUAUUUUAUCAGUGUUGUCAUUGUGAAUAUAAUUUAUACACUACCUACUUUACUUUGUCAUUCCUUAAAAUAUAUAGAAUGGUUUAAAUUAUUGU